AUGGUGUGUACGCAUGAAGGUUCAAAAGAAGAUGUUAAAGUGAAACAUGUUGACCAAGGUGCAAAGAAACAAAAGAGAAAGCGUGCGUCUUGUAGGGUGCAUUGUAUGGCUCGUGUUGGUUAUCGAUUCGUAGCUGGGAUUGGCUAUGAGAUUUAUAAAUUCAUUGAAGGUCACACGCAUAAGUUGGCUUCUGAAGGGUAUCAGCAUUUAUUGAAAGUUCAUAGGAAUAUUGAUUAUGGGCAUCAAUUUUUUAUGGCUAAAUGUUUUAAGGCUAAUAUAGGUGCAGUUCGUUCCUUCAAGAUUUAUUCUGAGUUAGUAGGUGGUGUGGAUGAUGCUGGGUGCAGGAAGAUUGACUUUAAAAAUCAUUCGCGUGAUGUGAAGUCAUGGGCCAAUGGAGUUGAUGUCCAAAUAUUAAUUGAAAAGUUUAAGCGAAAGCGUUCUGCAAAUAGUGAUGUUGUAUCAAUUGAGAACUAUAAAAUUUUUGGACAUGCAAUAUCAUUUGAUGCAACGUAUAACACGAUCAGGUAUAUUUUGAUCUUCACUCCCUUCACAGGUAAAGACGAUCACGGAAGGUGUGUUACUUUUGGAGCUGGAUUGAUUUCACGUGAGGAUGAAGAAUCAUAUUCUUGGAUUCUGUCAACUUUUGUGAAGUGCAUGGGAUCGCAGCCUACUAUGAUAAUUACGGAUCAAGAUCUUGGUAUGAGAGCAGCUAUUGCGAAGGUUCUUACUUCUUCUCGUCAUCGUUUCUGUAUGUGGCAUAUAACUAUGAAAAUGGUGGAAAAGUUGUCUGUGCCUUUAAGGGAUGAUCCUGAUUUUAAAUUGAGAUUUGAUGAAGUUGUUUGGAGUGAUGCAUAUGAGCCUUGUGAGUUUGAAGAUAAAUGGAAUGCUCUCAUUGAGGAAUUCAAUUUGGUGGGUCAUAAGUGGUUUGAUGAAAUGUUUCGUUUAAGAAGCUUUUGGAUUCCUGCAUUCUUUCGUGAUUUGCACAUGAGUGCUUUGUUCAGAACAACAUCGUUGUCUGAAAGUGAGAAUAGCUUUUUCAAACGUCACUUAAAUAAGCAUGCAAGUUUAAGUGAGCUGUAUGUGUUGUUUGAGACGGCUAUUGAAACUCAACGUCAUGAUCAUGAUGCAUUAACUUUGGCGGAUGAGACAUGUUUCCCUGAGUUACGUACAAUAUUGGAUAUUGAGAAGCAUGCUGCUCCUGUGUAUACUAAUACUAUUUUCCUAGAGGUUAAAAAAGAAAUCCAAUAUGCAUCUGCAUUUUGUACUAUACCUAAAUGCAUAGAUGGCACUGAGGGACACAUAUAUGAUGUGGAUGAAGAUGCAAGUUGCACGCAAUUUGAAGUUGAAAGAAAUACCGGAAAAAUACAUUGUUUACAGAUGGACAAGGAAUGCAUCGUCAAUUUUCAAACAGCGAUUCAAUCUUUGAGGAAGAUGUUGCAAGAUUUUUUAGAUGAACAAUCCAAAAAAUCAUGUAAUGCAUCGUCAUCUUCUUUUAAAGAAAGAUUGAUUGAGAAUUUCUAUGGUUCAUCAUUGCCGUCUGUUGUUACUGUGUUCCCUCCGGAUGUUGCAAAAACUAAAGGAAGUUGUAGUAGGAAGAAAUCACGCUUAGAAGCAGAAGCGAAGCGUGCACAGAAGCCUAAGAGACUAUGCAAGAAGUGCAAUACAUUGGGGUAUCAUGAUUCAAGGAAUUGUGAUAAAGUUAAUGCGAAGAACAAAAAUGUCAGUGACAGUGAUGCUUGA